AAUCAGUCCUUUCUUUAACCUCUCUCUCCCUCUCUCUCUCUCUCAGACCGACCUAGGUUUCGCGCCUCUCCGGCUGAUUUUCGCGUUUCUCCGGCUGAUUUCGCUUCUUAACGGUUUUUGAAAAUGGUGGAAAAUGGGGCUAAGGCUAUAAAGAAGGGAAAGAAGAGAGCACUUCCAGAGAUUAGCAAAUCAGAGGAAGUCUCGAGGACGAGGAGGCCAAGGCGCGCUGCAGCGUGUACGAAUUUCAAGGAGAAAUCUGUCCGACUCGAUGAGAAAUCUGCUACUGUUGAAGUAAAGAGACAGCAGACUGUUGACGAGGAGAUCGUCGCGUUAAUGUUAACGACUCUAGAGGGUGGUGACAUCGAACCUCGUCCAACCAGGAGGCUGAAUGAUUUCGUUUUGUUUGAUUCAGAUGGUGUCUCACAGCCUGUGGAGAUGUUGGAGAUUAAUGACAUAUUCAUUUCUGGAGCUAUCUUACCUUCAGAUGUGUGUUCUGACAAGGAGAAAGAGAAGGGUGUGAGGUGUCCAUCUUUUGGAAGGGUUGAGCAUUGGAGUAUUUCUGGUUAUGAAGAUGGUUCCCCUGUGAUUUGGAUCUCAACUGAGUUGGCGGAUUACGAUUGUCGUAAACCUGCUGCUAGAUACAAGAAGGUUUAUGAUUAUUUCUUUGAGAAAGCGCGUGCUUCUGUUGCUGUGUAUAAGAAGUUGUCUAAGUCUUCGGGUGGGGAUCCUGAUACGAGUCUUGAUGAGUUGCUUGCUGCGGUUGCUAGGUCAAUGAUUGGGAGCAAGUACUUUUCUAGUGGUGCGGCAAUCCAAGACUUUGUUAUAUCUCAGGGGGAGUUUAUAUAUAACCAACUCGCUGGUUUGGAUGAGACAGCCAAUAAACAUGAAACAAGCUAUGCUGAGAUUCCUGUUCUUGUAGCUCUCAGAGAUGAGAGUAGUAUAGUUGACAAGGCUUUCCAGAUGGAAGGAAAACCAUCUAAUGGGGUUCUGAGGAUUGAUGGAGUUUCUGAAGUUUCGGAGACCAAUGGCUUGACAUCGAAGCAACUGGUUGAUGGUGUUGAUGAGGACAGAAGAUUUGCUAAACUGUUACAAGAUGAAGAGUAUAGGAAAUCUAUGCAGCGGCGGCCCAGAAAAUACAGCAGCUCAGCUUCUGCUUCAAAUAUGUUCUACAUUAAGAUCAAUGAAGAUGAGAUUGCCAGUGAAUAUCCUCUCCCGUCCUACUAUAAGAGCACCAAAGAAGAAACAGAUGAGCUUCUGCUUUAUGAUGCUUGGUAUGAGCUUCACGCUGAUGACCUGCCUCACAGGAUGCUUCACAACUGGGCUCUUUACGACUCUGAUUUACGGAUGAUAUCUCUUGAGCUUCUUCCGAUGGAACAAUGUGAUGAUAUUGAUGUCACCAUUUUUGGGUCAGGCGUGGUGACUGACGAUAUGGGACUGUGGUUUUCUCCAGCAAAUCCCGACAGUGGUUCCCAGUCGCACGAUCCUGAUGGGAUGAGCAUAUUUCUCAGUCAAAUAAAGGGAUGGAAGAUUGAGUUUGGGGCGGACGGAUAUAUCUCCAUUUCUAUACGAACAGAUAUGGCCUGGUAUCGUCUUGGAAAGCCGUCAAAGCAGUAUGCCCUUUGGUAUAAACCUGUUCUGAAAACAGCAACGGUUGGGAUACACAUUAUUACAUUGCUCGACCAUGAAACUAGGUUUGGAAAGCUUUCAUUAGCAGAUGUCAUAAAGAGACUGUCUGGGUAUUCGAUGAAUGAUAAAGCUUACAUUUCUUCUGAUCUCGUGGCUGUUGAGAGAUAUUUGAUUGUCCAUGGACAAAUUUUCAUACAGAUGUGUGCAAAAUAUCCCAACAAUGAUUUAAAAAGGUGUGCAUUUGUUGUUGGUCUUGCAAAUAAAUUGGAGGAUAGGCACCACUCAAAAUGGAUCAUCAAGACGAAGAAAAUUUUGCAGAAGAAAGAGAAUCUGAAUCCAAGGGCAGGCAUGGCACCUGUGGUAUCCAAGAGGAAAUCUAUGCAAGCAACAACGACACGCCUGGUCAACAGAAUUUGGGGAGAGUUUUACUCUAAUUACUCUCCAGAGGAUUCAUUGCAGGCGAUUGGUGCAGCAAAUGAGGAGGUAGAGGUGGAAGACGAGGGCGAAAAUGGGGAGGAAGAGAUUGAAGAGGAAGGUGAAAAUGAAGAUGUCACGGAGGACACUGUAGCAGAACCUGCUGAAGUUCAAAAGCCUCAUGCUCCUAAGAAAAUUCGAGCCAGUUCUGGAAAAAGGGAAAUACGAUGGGAUGGCGAGAGUCUAGGAAAAACAUCUGCUGGUGAGCCUCUCUAUCGACAAGCCCUUGUUGGAGGGGAAACAGUGGCUGUAGGUGGUGCUGUCACCUUGGAAGUUGAUGAUGAUUCAGAUGAACUUUCGGCCAUCUAUUUUGUGGAGUACAUGUUCGAAAGUACAGAUCACUGCAAAAUGUUACAUGGUAGGUUCUUACAAAGAGGAUGUAACACAGUUCUGGGGAAUGCAUCCAACGAGAGGGAACUAUUUCUGACCAAUGAAUGCACGACUGUACAGCUUAAGGACAUAAAAGGAAUAGUCGGCUUUGAGAUUCGAUCAAGGCCAUGGGGGCAUCAGUAUAGGAAAGAGAACAUCGCUGCAGAUAAGCUUGACCGGAAUAGAGCAUUAGAAAGAAAAGCAAAAGAUUUGCCAACAGAAUACUACUGCAAAAGCUUGUACUCACCUGAGAGAGGGGGAUUCUUUAGUCUUCCACUAAGUGAUAUUGGUCGCAGUUCUGGGUUCUGCAAUUCAUGUAAGAUAAGGGAGGAUGAAGAGGAGAGGUCUGCAAUUAAACUAAAUGUUUCAAAGACAGGCUUUUUCUCCAAUGGGAUUGAGUAUUCUACUGAGGAUUUCGUCUAUGUCAACCCUGACUCAAUAGAUGGAUUGAAGGAGGAUAUCAGAACUGUUUAUAAGUCUGGGCGGAACAUUGGGUUAAGAGCAUAUGUUGUUUGCCAAUUGUUGGAAAUCGUCCCGAAGGAAUCUAGAAAGGCUGAUUUGGAUUCCUUUGAUGUGAAAGUUAGAAGGUUUUAUAGGCCUGAGGAUGUUUCUGCAGAUAAGGCCUAUGCUUCAGACAUCCAAGAAUUGUACUACAGCCAGGAAACAUAUGUUCUCCGUCCAGGAGAUAUAGAGCGAAAAUGUGAAGUAAGAAAGAAAAAUGAUAUGCCCUUAUGCCGCGAAUAUCCAAUAUCAGAUCAUAUUUUCUUCUGCGAACUUUUCUUUGAUUCCUCCAAAGGUUCUCUCAAGCAGUUGCCCGCCAAUAUGAAGCUGAAGUUCUCGACUAUUAAAGACGACACACUUCUAAGAAAGAAAAAGGGAAAGGGAGUAGAGAGUGAAACUGAGUCUGGGAUUGUCAAGCCUGAUGAGCCACCUAAAGAGAUGCGUUUGGCUACUCUAGAUAUAUUUGCUGGUUGUGGUGGCCUGUCUCAGGGACUGGAAAAGGCUGGUGUAUCUGAUACAAAGUGGGCAAUUGAGUAUGAAGAGCCAGCUGGGCAGGCUUUUAGACAAAAUCAUCCUGAGUCAACAGUUUUUGUUGACAACUGCAAUGUGAUUCUUAGGGCUAUAAUGGAGAAAGGUGGAGAUCAAGAGGAUUGUGUCUCUACUAAGGAGGCAAAUGAACUCGCAGCUAAACUUGAUGAGGACCAGAAGAGUACUCUGCCAAUGCCUGGUCAAGUGGACUUCAUCAACGGAGGACCUCCGUGUCAGGGCUUUUCUGGGAUGAACAGAUUCAACCAAAGCUCCUGGAGUAAAGUUCAAUGUGAAAUGAUAUUAGCAUUCUUGUCAUUUGCUGAUUAUUUCCGGCCAAGGUAUUUUCUUCUGGAAAACGUGAGGACCUUUGUUUCAUUCAAUAAAGGGCAGACAUUUCAGCUUACUUUGGCUUCCCUUCUCGAAAUGGGUUACCAGGUGAGAUUUGGUAUCCUGGAGGCUGGUGCAUAUGGAGUAUCCCAAUCUCGUAAAAGAGCUUUCAUCUGGGCAGCUGCGCCCGAAGAAGUUCUCCCAGAAUGGCCUGAACCGAUGCAUGUCUUUGGUGUUCCGAAGUUGAAAAUCCCUCUAUCCAAAGGCUUAUAUUAUGCUGCUGUUCGUAGUACUGCAUUUGGUGCACCUUUCCGCCCGAUCACCGUGAGAGACACAAUUGGUGAUCUUCCACCAGUAGAAAACGGAGAAUCCAGGACAAACAAAGAGUAUAAAGCUGAAGCAGUCUCGUGGUUCCAAAAGGAGAUAAGAGGGAGCAUGAUUGCUCUCACUGAUCAUAUAUGCAAGGAGAUGAAUGAAAUAAACCUCAUUCGAUGUAAGACAAUCCCAAAGAGGCCAGGUGCUGAUUGGCGUGACCUGCCAAAUGAAAAGGUAAAGCUAUCAACUGGGCAGGUGGUAGAAAUGAUUCCCUGGUGUCUGCCAAACACAGCUAAGCGCCACAACCAGUGGAAGGGACUCUUCGGGAGACUAGACUGGCAAGGCAAUUUUCCAACGUCCAUUACCGAUCCUCAGCCCAUGGGCAAGGUGGGAAUGUGCUUCCAUCCUGACCAGGACAGAAUCCUCACAGUCCGUGAAUGCGCUCGAUCUCAGGGGUUUCCGGAUAGCUAUGAGUUCUCAGGGAACAUAAUACACAAGCAUAGGCAGAUUGGGAAUGCAGUCCCUCCACCAUUGGCGUUUGCUCUUGGUCGUAAGCUCAAAGAAGCCCUACAUCUCAAGAAGUCUCUUCAACAACAACCCUAAAUGAGAUUCAGAUUUGGCAUGUCCUUUUUAAUGAUAGUAGUAGUCAUUAUGAUCCUUCUCUUGAAUGAAACUCAUAUUAUUGGUGCUGGUACUUUUGGUUAAGAAAAGCCUAAUAAGAAGAGUUUUUGUAUAUUCUAUCUAUAUUCGGAUUGGAAAUCUUAUUAUAUUGUGUCUCAAUUAUGUUUGUCAAUCAAGCAAGCAAUGA